AUCCGUGCGCGCCGCCGUUCCGUUUCUGUUAACGCUUCCGGAGCCGCCAUAGGUACAGUCAGUGAGCGCGUCCCCGGCUGUUCCUGCUUUCUGACACCCCAACUUCUCCGCAGCCCGACAACAUGAAUGAGGAAUACGACGUCAUCGUGCUCGGUACCGGCCUGACGGAAUGUAUCCUGUCAGGAAUCAUGUCGGUAAAUGGGAAGAAGGUAUUGCAUAUGGAUCGCAAUUCUUAUUAUGGGGGAGAAAGUGCUUCCAUCACACCUCUGGAAGAUAUGUACAAAAGGUUUAACAUCCCUGGUUCCCCCCCAGAGUCAAUGGGACGGGGACGAGACUGGAAUGUGGAUCUGACUCCUAAAUUUCUUAUGGCUUGUGGUCAGUUGGUAAAAAUGCUGCUCUAUACCGAAGUUACACGCUAUCUGGAUUUCAAAGUAGUUGAUGGCAGCUUUGUCUACAAAGGAGGAAAGAUCUACAAGGUUCCUUCAACAGAAACGGAGGCUCUGUCAUCCAGUUUGAUGGGCUUGUUCGAGAAGAGGAGGUUUAAGAAGUUCCUUGGCUUUGUUGCAAAUUUUGAUGAAAAUGAUCCAAAAACAAUGGAAGGAGUUGAUCCUAAAAAAACAACCAUGCAAGAGGUUUACAAAAAGUUUGACUUGGGGCAGGAUGUCGUUGACUUCACAGGCCAUGCUCUUGCUCUGUACAGGACUGAUGACUAUCUCAAUCAGCCCUGUCUUGAGACUUUAAACAGGAUUAAGCUUUACAGUGAAUCCCUUGCACGAUAUGGCAAAAGCCCUUACCUUUAUCCACUCUAUGGCCUUGGAGAGCUGCCACAAGGUUUUGCAAGAUUGAGUGCCAUUUAUGGAGGAACUUAUAUGCUAAACAAGCCGAUCGAAGAGUUGGUUAUGGAGAAUGGAAAGAUUGUUGGUGUAAAAUCGGAAGGAGAGGUUGCCAGAUGCAAGCAGCUGAUUUGUGACCCUAGUUAUGUUGCAGACCGUGUCACUAAAGUAGGGAAGGUUAUACGUGUUAUCUGUAUGCUAAACCAUCCAAUUAAGAACACAAAUGAUGCCAGCUCCUGCCAGAUCAUCAUUCCUCAAAACCAGGUCAACAGGAAGUCUGAUAUCUAUGUGUGUAUGAUUUCAUAUGCACACAACGUGGCUGCUCAAGGAAAAUAUAUUGCUAUAGUAAGCACUACUGUGGAAACGAAUGAUCCAGAGAAGGAAAUCGGGCCUGCACUUGAACUCCUGGAGCCCAUUGAGCAGAAAUUUGUUAGUGUUAGCGACCUACUUGCCCCCACUGAUUUGGGAACAGACAGUCAGAUCUUUAUUUCACGCUCGUAUGAUGCUACCACCCACUUUGAAACCACCUGCAAUGAUAUCAAGGACAUCUAUAAGAGAGUGAUGGGUUGUGAAUUUGACUUUGAAGAAAUGAAACGCAAGAAAGAGGACAUCUUUGGUGAUAACUAGGCAUGCAGUGCCCAAGCCUAGGAGAAUUGCUAAAAACAUAUUUCUGGAAAUUAGGAACACUGUAUGAAACUCAAUAUUGUAAGGCCUGCUUUUUGUAAAAAGUCAUGGAAAUCCAAGAAAUACUGCCCUGGUAAUUGCUCUAUGCCCAUUCCUGUUCAUUUUCUGAUGAAGCUGCUGCUAUCUGGCCUAGUCAUAAAUACUACAGAAGGCACAAUUAUUUUCUCCCCAGUUUAAUAGAAAAUGUACAUCCUGUAAUGAAGUAUCUGCCUUCAAUGUUGACUUUUUAUCUCUGAAUUUUAAUUUGCUGUCAUCACUGGUACACAUAUAUAUACUAAAGAUUUUUUUUUUCUUCUUUUUUUUUUUUUUUUUCUUAUACAUAUAUAAAGAUACCAGGAUUAUAAGAAACUUUGGCAGAUUACUCUAUUUUUGUGCUGCAAAACACUUGAGAGUAUUUGGGCAGCUCCUCUGUCCCUGCUUCUGCCUCCCUACGUUAGUUCAUAGUCAGGCUUAGAGUGUGACAUGGAGCGCCAGGCGUGCACAUUUCUUGACACCAGCUGGGAAAGAUUGCUUCCUUUUUAUUGUAAUGAAGUACCAAGCCAUUAGUAUUAUGCAGGCCAAGCUUGCCUGUAUUUCUGUAUUCCCUCACAGCUUCUGGCAGGAUUAAACAGAAAUGCAGUAUUGAUUUGACAGAGUCCUACCCUGACUUGUUGCUUAAUAGGGUUUAAGAUGAUUUCUGUACUGCAAAGUAAAGCCAAAUUGUGGAAACCA